AUGGUCGCUGUCCUCGUCGACAAGCUCGUCGACCACCUCUACGCCGGGGACAAGUCGAAGAUUCCCACAGCUGAGUACCUCGCUGCGGCACCUCGCACUCUCCCUGCUGCAAUUGCCCCUGCUGUCUCUGGAAACACUGCGACUUAUGUCGUUGGACAGUCCGUACCCGAGACUGCGGCAUGGCUCGAGACCCUCACGGGCCCCAAGCUUAGCUGGGCUCGUGUGCUGCUCGCCUCUACGACUAUUUUGCAGGGCACGGCAUACGUCGACAACCACAUGCGUCAUCUGUUUGCUCCCCACCGUGGGCAGAAGGUCGUCGUCGAGACUGAGGCAUCCCGCCCGACGAAGAUCUCGGCCACAUUCGAUGCCGCAACUUCAACAAUUGAUGUCACCAUCUUCGAGGAGCGCGGCGGGUCAUCUGUCCUGCUAGACCUCCACUUUGUCUACAAGCCUGCCAUGGGGUACGCGCCCAUCCACGGGGUCGCCGAUGACCGCAACACGCGGAUGAAGGCCUUCUACUGGAAGCUGUGGUUUGGCGACGACGAGGUGCUCCCCGAGAUCAAUGUCCGCGACACGUUCACUGGCCCGGAGGUCACCAUCGACGAGGACGACAUCGAGAGCUUCUGCGCGGUUGUUGGAAACCAAGGCGAGGCAUUCAAGUCCGCCCGCAACGAGACGCCCUUAGCUCCUAUGGACUUCGCCAUCGUUGCAGGAUGGCAGGCAAUCAUGAAGGUGAUCUUCCCCGCGCCCAUCGACGGAGAUCUCCUCAAGCUUGUGCACUUGUCGAACGGCUUCCGCCUUCUUGACGGCGUCAAGCCUCUCCAGGCUGGCGAUGUCUGCAAGGCGGAGGCGCGCAUCGUCGCCGUCAUCAACAGCGACGCCGGCAAGUCGGUCAAGGUCAAGGGACAUGUUAUCCGCAACGGCGAGCGUGUCAUCGAGGUCGUCUCCUCGUUCCUCUACCGUGGCCGCUUCAGCGACUACGAGAACACGUUCGAGAUCCUCGAGGAGCCCGACUACCUCGUCGAGCUUCCGUCGGACGCUGCUGUCGGUGUCCUGCAGUCGAAGGAAUGGUUCGAGUGGGACGACGAGACCAAGCCCCUCCAGGCUAGCACGACGCUCAUCUUCCGCGUCCGCUCGGAGGUCACGUACCGCAACAAGACCUGCUACAAGCCCGUGAAUGUCUCGGGCGAGGUCUUCGUCCGCGACCAGAUCAAGCGCCUCGUCAAGGUCGGCACCGUCGACUUCCUCCAGGACGACUCACGCGGCAACCCCGUCGUCGCGUACCUCCAGCGUCACGGUAAGCCCCAGGGUCUCGUUAGCCCGCUGUCCAACGAUGGCUACACUAUGACCGUCAACGCGAGCACCGCGUUUGCAUCGCCUGCCACCAACGAACCUUACUCGAAGGUCUCGGGUGACUUCAACCCCAUCCACAUCAACCCGUACUUCGCGGAUUACGCAUCCCUCCCUGGCACGAUCACGCACGGUAUGUGGUCGAGUGCCGCGACGCGUCGCUACGUCGAGACUGUUGUUGCGCAGGGCAAGCCUGAGCGCGUCGUUGCGUACGACGUCGCCUUCGUCGGCAUGAUCCUUCCCGGAGACGAGCUUGAGGUCAAGAUCAAGCACGUCGGCAUGCGCGACGGCAACUUCGUCGUCAACGUCGAGACUGUCAACAGCCGCGGCGAGAAAGGUCCUGGCCGGUACCGCGGAGGUCGUGCAGCCCGCCACCGUCUACGUCUUCACUGGCCAGGGUUCCCAGGAGCCCGGCAUGGUAUGGAUCUCUAUAACAACUCGCCCGCCGCCCGCUCCCGCCUCGUCAAGGUCGGCACCGUCGACUUCCUCCAGGACGACUCACGCGGCAACCCCGUCGUCGCGUACCUCCAGCGUCACGGUAAGCCCCAGGGUCUCGUUAGCCCGCUGUCCAACGAUGGCUACACUAUGACCGUCAACGCGAGCACCGCGUUUGCAUCGCCUGCCACCAACGAACCUUACUCGAAGGUCUCGGGUGACUUCAACCCCAUCCACAUCAACCCGUACUUCGCGGAUUACGCAUCCCUCCCUGGCACGAUCACGCACGGUAUGUGGUCGAGUGCCGCGACGCGUCGCUACGUCGAGACUGUUGUUGCGCAGGGCAAGCCUGAGCGCGUCGUUGCGUACGACGUCGCCUUCGUCGGCAUGAUCCUUCCCGGAGACGAGCUUGAGGUCAAGAUCAAGCACGUCGGCAUGCGCGACGGCAACUUCGUCGUCAACGUCGAGACUGUCAACAGCCGCGGCGAGAAGGUCCUGGCCGGUACCGCGGAGGUCGUGCAGCCCGCCACCGUCUACGUCUUCACUGGCCAGGGUUCCCAGGAGCCCGGCAUGGGUAUGGAUCUCUAUAACAACUCGCCCGCCGCCCGCUCCGUCUGGGAGGCCGCCGACGCUCACCUUACCGCCGUCUACGGGUUCUCCAUCGUCGAGAUUGUCAAGGACAACCCCAAGGAGAAGACCAUCCACUUUGGUGGUAUCAAGGGUCAGGCGAUUCGUCAGCGGUACAUGGACAUGACCUACGACACGAUGGACAAGGAUGGCAAC